AUGUUAAAGACAGCAGUUUCUUCAUCUUUGAGAAGACCAUCUACAUUCCCAGCGAUCCCAGUGAUCGUGACUUCUGCAUCCGCAUCCGCGUUCCACACGUCGUCCGUUUCGCAGACCAACAUCGGUGAAAAGGUCAGAGACACGCUCAGUGACCUCAACAAGAAGAUUGGGCAGGCCGCUGCCAGCGGGAUCGAGAGUGCGCAAGAAGCUUCUCACAAUAUCGGCGAGAAAGUGGGCACUGCCAAGGAGGCCACGCAUGCAGGCCUUGACAAAGCCAACAUGGGCGUCGGAAAAGCUGCAGCUGAGGGCAUCGACAAGGCCCAGAAGGGCGCAGAGACAGUCAAGGACAAAUGGCAGCAUUCAGAGUCUGCAGCAGAUGUCGGCAAGGAAGGUCUUGAUGCUGUGAACAAGAAGACAGGCCAAGCGGCCGCCAAUGGCAUUGACAAGACGCAGCAGGCCGCGCAAAAAGCCAAAGAUGCUGCGCAGAAUGCAAAGGAUAAGUGGGACUCCAGUGAUGCUGCCAAGCGUUACGUCAAGGACCCUGCAAACACCGCCAAGGAGAAGGCCGCUGAGAGUGUCGAGGGCGCAGAGCAAAUGGCCAAAGAAUAUAAGUACAAGAAUUGA